AACAAAUACAUCCAUCCAUCACUCUUGUCACACGACAAGUUCCAUCCAUAUAUAUCUCUCUCUCUCUCUACCGUCUUUCCUCUAUAUAUAUGUCCUUAGGCCCGUACCUGAGCUCUACUACUACAAGCUCUUCCAUUCCUCAAGCUCAAGAGGGGGAAAAAAAACCAGACACACUGCUCUUGUCCUUCUGAUCUCCAGACCAAGAAAAGGAGCUGCCAUGAGCAAGUUCAAGAAGUCUCAAGUCCUAAUGCUAACACUCUUAGCAGCACUUCUCUUUGUAACACCCCUUUUAUCUUCUUCAAUAAGGCCUAAGUACCUCUAUUUCAUCAUUAAUCUUCUUAUCGUAGCUCUUGGUGCUGAAGCCGGCCUUCUCUCUGCAGCCUUCUCCAAGCCAAUACUAGAUCAUGACAGAAAGCAUCCUGUUCCUGUUUCCACAGCUCAAGAUCAUCAUCAAUCAUCCUCACCUGAGCAGGCUAAAGUUUCUAAGACUAGGGUUGUCGAAAAAUCUGCGUCUGAAAAGAUUGUCAGGAGCUCGAGUAUUACAAAGGUGGAGAAAGUAAAGAAAUGUCCUUCCAUGCCAAGCCUGUUCUUUAUAGGAAGUGGAGAGACAGAAGUAGUUGAUCAAGAUGUGGUUCAAGAACAUGAAGAGGAAGCUGAAGAAGAAGAAGUUGAAGGAAUUAGUGGGCAAGAACUAUUUACUAAAGCUGAGACGUUUAUAGGCAACUUCUACAAGCAGUUAAAGAUGCAAAGAGAAGAAUCUUGGAAGCGGAUUCAUGGGUUUUAUCAGAAAGCCUUUUAAGCAUAUGCAUGCAGUAAUUGAUUGUUCUAUAAGCAUCUGCACUGAACAAGAUCAGGUGAUUGUAUGGUGGAUCAGUCUAGAAGUUAGUAUUAUUGGUUUAGGGGCUAUUAAUGGACGUAGACAGAGAGGAAUAUUUGACUCAUGGUUCAUCCUGGCCAUAUUUUAUUAGGUCUUUUUGUACAUAUAUUAGUUUCUGCAGCUUUUCUCUAUGAUCAUAUGCUUGUUCCUAUUAAUAUAUAACAGGUGAGGACUAGUUAGUCUCAGACAAUUCAA